AUGAUGACCAUCCCCAGGUUAUCGCCUGUCUCAAGUAAAGGAAAGGUGAAAUGGGAGACGAUAAACGAAAAUAUUACAAUAACAGUAAUAACUCGAUCGUCCUCAAACGUUGAGGUACAUUUGAUACAUCAAGGAAGAUUCAUCAUCAAACAACUUUUUGAACGUCUAUCAUACAUGAAAUCACCAGUACGCAAGAUUAUCCAUGGCGAUGCAAGUAUGAUCUUCAGGUAUGAGCCGACACAGACCCCAGUGAUCUCAGGAAUGAAGAUGAAAGAAUGUUAUCAAUUGAAAUUCAUCAGCAACGAAGAUUGUCGAUCUUUCAUUCAAUUAAUGAGAGGCUUUUUCGAGAUAUCCGAACAUAAAUCACAAUCACCUAUUAAGGGGAAUUUUGUAGAACCUUCUCAAAUCAUUCCUUCUUCUCCUCCAAAAGUCCCUAACAUCGACAAUACGCCAAUUGCAUUCCCUACUAAACCCUCACCCCUAAAAUCUUCUUCGUCCCAAUCUCAACAUACCCCUCGUCCACCCAAACGAACAAAAACGCAAUCGCAACCUGAAGAAAGAUCGAAGAAAGGGGUUACACCCGUCCGCACCACUGUCUCUUCUACAAACUCAUCGCCGACAGUCGAGUUAGGAGCAGAGAAUACGCCUUCACCACCGAUUGAUGAGGCUACCGAACGCUUGAAGAAGACACUUCUGGAAAACUUCAAGCUCCCAUCGGCACCCCCGGACAGCCAAUGUGUCCAGCAAGAACACCCCACAGCCUUACCAUCAGAAGUAAAGUCCACUCAAGUAGAUACACCAUACUCAGUAUAUGGGGACAGAAAAGGUACGACAGAUCAAUCAGGAGGUAAUGAUUUGAAUCAGUUCGAGUCUCAGUCUACAUCACGACCUACGACGGGACCAAACUGUGGAUCGUCCUCAAGUUCACCAAGAGCUGGUAUCCAUGCAUCGGUCGACAAUUGCCCAGGCACUCCGACCAAGAGCCAGCCACUAAUCGAUUUCUCCUCUCAGUCCCUAGAUCAUCCUACUCAUCAUUCUCAAGAAUCGUUGCCAAAUAAAGCCAAGAACGUCUCAAAUUCUGAACAUAUGUCAGUUGACGGAGAAGGUCACUUCUCAAAUAUCGCGAUAGACAACUAUCCUGUUCUAUUGACGGAGGAAGAACUGGAGGCUCAACGACGAAGGAAGGGUAGAAGGAAGAGGGAAGAAGUAGAAGAUGAUCUAGAGGAAGAGGAUGCAGAUGCAGUGGCGGAUCGGCUUCAGAAGCCGCGAAGAGACACAUCACCCCAUCACUCUCCGAAUACUUCCAAACCCCUUCCUACGCUACCGUACGGAAGGGGAAUAUACGAUUUGGCACCUCACGAUUUGGAAAACCUGGUCGACCAGGCUAUGAUGGAGUCGGGAUUCGAAAAGCUGGUUGAGACAAUAGGACAUUUAAUUCAGAGACGUUUGAAACACGAAACCACCCAUUACCAUCCGUCACAACUACAGGAAUAUAAUCAAGAGACGUACCAAUCUAACCGCUUUCAAAGUCCGUGUGACGACCGAACCUAUCAACCAUAUCUCUUUCCUUUCCAGUCAACCCCCAAUGAUCGACAAAACGGUUGGAAUAUCGCUGAUCCAGUGCCACCGAUCAGCGAUCACAGUCCAAAUCCAUCUCACAAUUCCCAUUCUCAAUAUCGAUCUUAUCACUCUGGUAGUAGUUCAUCUCAACCACGAUAUUACUCCUUUUCUCAAGACUUUUCUCAACAAGAUGGUCAUCACACCUGUAAACCAGAAAGUAUAAAUGCUAAUACCUACCAUAUCCCGCAAUGCACUGUCACCCCGAAAUACUCACCACGUGUUAAAGCUCAUUCACAGCAUAAUCACUCACAGUAUACUCAUAGCUAUCCAGAACAGCGUCGAAGUCAAGCUGGAAGUCUGAAUCAGCUUUUGCAACAUAGUCAUAUUCACUCUUCACCAUGUGUACAGGACUCUAAUCAUCCACAAUAUACUCAGCCUGGGCAAUCGUAUCCUGAGUACGAUUAUGAUAAUGAACAACCUCAAGUAUACCCGCCGUCACCAAGUAAACAAAGUCUUUUUUUUAUCCUCAACGUUGAUAAUACUGAUUUCAAAUCUUCCUCAAAUCAUACUCAAACUGAACGUCACCAUCAUAGAGAGAACCAGACCCUAGAUGCCUCUAUUAACGGAACGACUUACGAAGAUAAGAAGACGAAACUUGAUGAAGAAGAUGAAGAGUUGGCUGACAUCAGUAGAGAAUUCGAUAAUGGUUUAUGGUCCGGUUCAAGCAAUGACAUUGGCGAUGACGAAGAAGAGAAGGAGUACGAUUAUGAUGCAAUGGCGGAUGAGGAUUUGGAGUUGGAAAAGGAGAUUGAGAAUGAAGUGUGA